CUCUUCGUCCCGGGCAUAGCUCUUUUAUAUUUUCAGAAGUAUAAUAUACAGAAGUGUAUAAACUCAUUGUUUCGGUGCAAAAACACUCAACAAAAAUAUAAGAAGAGCAAUUCUAAGAAAGCGAUAUUUCCGGGAGACCUAUACUGCAGCAGUAUCUUCACACCACUUUGUGAUCUCAAAUUAACUAAUAAUAAAACGAAAUUAAAAAAAUUGUUACCCAAAAAUAUUGCAGUUAAUUCUCUAAAAAAAACAAAACAGGAAAAGUAGAAAACCAAAAUACUCGUCUUUACCGGACUAAUAUCAUUUUAGAAAUUCACGGAAUUCUGAAAUCUACGAUUUUUAAACGUGUGCCUUAGCCUGGCCUUAAAUAAUUUAAAUUCUAUAUUAUGUACAUAAAUUAACAAAAUCGAUAUAAUAUGAAUACACACCACUAUUGAAACCCGUACCCAUUCAUGAUCAUAAAAUACAUAAAUAUAACUUGUAUUAAGAAUACUGUAAACAGGAAAAAACUACACAGAAGAAUGAUUUGAAAAUCUGCAGUUGAAGAAACUUAUCAUCGUAACGACAAAAAUUUCCAAAAGAAUACAAUCGCGAGGAAUAAGAAGACACGAAGAGCUCUACAAUAAGCAAAACUCUUCUCAACAACGCCGGCAUUUAAUAUACAAAAAAUUAAAUCGAAGCACACAGUUUGGAAACCUUUUUCAAUAAGCAAACAAAUUAUUGUACGGACACAUCUGUAUGGAUUUCGAGACGUGCAUUGCUUAACUUAAAAUACAUGUGUAUAAAAUUCAAUGCACAUUUCAAAGCGACAGAAACGAAAACGCUCGUUCUUAAAACUUUGCUUUGAAUCCCAGAAAUUUCGCUAAGCUGUAAUGUGUUCAUAAACUGUUUAAUUCGAUAUAAUCAAUGUACACAAAAGAGGCAUAGAAGGAAUUGUGUCAGCAAAAGCCAACAGAAUCAAAGAAUUAAAUGAAAAUAUUAAAAUAAAUAAAAAAUAUAAUUUGUAAAGAAAACUAAUUGUAGCCACACUGGGUCAACACCAACAAUUUCCAUUGGAACCGCGUAUACGGCAUGAAAGUGUCGGCAAUAAGCAGAGGCAGCUAUCAACAAAUAAAUCGGACCAACCAGGAAACGAAAAGAAAGAAGGGAAACGCAAAGUUAACGUCGAUCUAGAUAAGGAGACUAAUUUUCUAAGUGGACGUUUGAAAGUGGAUCAGUGGUUGUUGAAGAAUUUUAAGCACAGCGGUGAGCUCACUAAUGUCGAUUUACAUCCUUUACAAGCACCCAUAACAGCAUCUGUUCCUCCCAUCAACACCAAACCCAACGACAAUAGCGAUAAUCAAUAUUACAAUACAUUAGCGACCUUGUCCUCGCGCGACGCUGGCACUGUUUUGUCCCUAACGUCAGCCACGCAUGCUAGCUUUGCUGUACCCCAAUCACCCGUUUCAACACCGACGUCCAGCUUUCACCCUAAUUAUUCAAUUUCACCAACCGCCCACUUCGGCACGGAAUCAGCUUUUCAUGUUGCACAAAUGACUACAACAGAUCUGGAGCAAGGACACGUUACACACUCUCAUGUGCAGCAACGUUCGCAACAACACACAUAUAACACUUUCAACAACCAACAACAGCAUCAUCAACUGCAAACGCAGACGCAUCUCAUAAAUCCGUUUAAAAUGGAUGCUGAUUUUUGGCAGCAAGCCAGAAGUGGUUCAUUCGGACUACACGCUGCUGCUGCGUUAGCUAGCAAUCACAUAGGUCAUCAUCAUAGUCACCAUCAAGCACAACAAACCAGUGUUGGAAACGUUGCAGCACAAUUACAUCAUCCGCAACAAUUACAUCAGCAGCAACAACAUUUAUCCGGACAAGUUGCCAGCGCUGAUCAACAGAUGCAUCAGUUAACCUCGCCACCAGUAAUAUCAGCCUCACAACAGCACCAUCAGCCCCAUCUUUCGCAAUUAUGCACUGAACAAAAUCACCAUCUGCUAUUUAACGCAGCUGCGGCUGCCGCGGCCGCCGCCCAUCUAAGCGGCGUCGUGUCAAAAUCGCAUGAAUUGGAUAGUACAAACAUUACUCAAGACGAAGAUAAUAAUGAUAUACUAUCUGGUAACAAAAGUAGGAACGGCAAUAACAACGAAUGCUCCUCAGCGGCAACAAAGCAGGAGCUAUCAGCUAUUCCAGGCUGUAGUAACAAUUUGCUACCCACUGCAAAUAAUGGUACGCAUACAGAUAAUAAUAUACAUCACGAGCAAUCAUUACAGUUGCAAACAGUUCAACAACAGCAACAACCACUUAAGUACGAACAUGAAGCUUGCACCUCUAAUAACUUACCCCUUGAGGCGUUACAACAGCAACUACAGCAACAAGUACAACACCAGGAGCAACAAAUCUCAGCUGAUAAGGCCGAAAGAGACUCGGGAAUUCAGAGUGACAAACAUAUCGCAAACUCAUUGCAUGCAAGCCAUCAUCAUAAUAUGCAGCAGGAACAUCACCAACGUCAUAGCCAACAAACACAAUUAACAGUAAAUGCUGUUGGCAGAUCGGGUGACACCAGUCAUAACGAAAGUCCAACCCACUUACAACAAUUGCGGAUGCAAUCGCUAGAACGGCGCAGUUCACCAGACACGCAACCACCAACGCUACCGUUACAUUCCGAAGACCCUUUACAGAUUAACACUUUUGCCAAAAAUGGACCAACAACAACUUCACCGCAACCGUCCUUAAACUCAGCUUCUGGUGGCAGUUCUACUCCUGACUUGAAGUUCAAUAGCGAAAAUAAUAAGGUACCAGGUGAAUUACAGCUACAACUAUCCCGUUCCAAUAGCGCGGCAGCCAUUAGUGAACGAACAUUAGAAGAAUGUUGGUCUACCCUGCAACGACUUUUUAUGCACAAGAGCGCCAUGCAACAAAUACAACAGCAGAUACCACGAGUGGGUCUAGGAGGCACAGCUACCAAUAAUUUGGUUGGUAAUGAAUCUAAGCCCCAUCAGUGUCAACAGUGUAUGAAAAGUUUCUCCAGCAAUCAUCAGCUUGUACAGCACAUACGCGUCCAUACUGGCGAAAAGCCUUACAAAUGUUCAUAUUGCGAUCGCCGAUUUAAACAAUUAUCGCACGUGCAGCAACACACUCGCUUGCAUACGGGCGAGCGACCAUAUAAAUGCCACUUGCCUGACUGUGGCAGAGCCUUCAUACAAUUAUCGAAUUUGCAGCAGCAUUUAAGGAAUCAUGACGCUCAAGUGGAGAGAGCCAAAAACCGUCCGUUUCACUGCAAUAUUUGUGGCAAAGGUUUUGCUACUGAAUCCAGUCUCAGGACUCAUACAUCCAAGGAGCUACAGCUGCAUCUUGGUGUCUUGCAGCAGCAUGCGGCAUUGAUUGGUGGACCUAAUGCAACCUCAUGUCCCAUCUGUCACAAACUUUUUUUAGGCACUGAUGCUUUAAUGGAGCAUAUGAAACAUGUACACAAGGAGAAACCUAAUCAAAAUACGAACAGCUCCUUUAUUGAUAACAUAGGAAGUGGGGUUGUCACUUGUGUGAGCAAUGGUGUAAACGUAGGCACGUGUGCUGGUAGUGCAGCGGCUGACACCGGCGUCUGCUUACAAUCUUCGGGUCCUUCUUCUGUCUGCAGUGAUCCUUAUUCAACGAAGCGGCGCACCGCUAAUAACCCGUGCCCGGUGUGUGGAAAACAUUAUGUGAAUGAAGGUUCUUUGCGUAAGCACCUAGCUUGCCAUGCAGAAACGAGUCAACUAACAAAUAGUUUGCGAAUGUGGCCGUGUUCUGUUUGUCAAGCGGUUUUUACACACGAAAAUGGUCUGCUUACACAUAUGGAGCACAUGCGAAUGGAUCCUAAGCACCAAUUUGCCGCCCAAUAUGUACUCUCUCGCGCAGCAGCUGAAAGGCGUGAACGUGGUUCAUUAUUGGCGGUUACUUUGGCGGCUUCAGCCGGAACGGGAGCUGCAGGAACCAGCGGAUUUAUGCCUUUAUUAAGUGGAGAAAUUGGUAGUCAUAGAGUGAUUAACGUUGGUGGUGAUGGUGAUGGUGGUGGUGAUAUUUCAAAUUCUCUGUGUCCUUCUCCAUCUGCACAUUCUGAUUGCUCUUCCAAUGGAAGGCCAUCAUCAUCGACCACUUCCGAUCAAUGUAGCGGAAUUAACUUGUUAACCAACAAUAAUGAUAACAGCAUGAAUAAUAAUAAUCAUAAUAACAACAACAUCAACAAUAAUAAUAAUGACAAUUGUAAUACGAACGGCAGCAAUUUAAAUCUAGGUGACAAAUUAAGUGACAUAUUACGCACCACCAACAAUUCUAACAGUCAUGCCCCUGCUCAACAUCAUCCUCACCAUAGCUCUCAGCCUCAUCACCAUACGCAUAAUCUCAAUAACCAUUCUUACAAUAAUGUUAGCGUAAGCAUUGAAGGAGAACUGCACGAUGUCGCCAAUCGUAUGAGUCUAAUGGCGGCAGCGUCGGCAGCUGCUGCCGCUGUUGCCGCUAGCACAAGCACAAAUGCUUUGCCGAGGGUACCAUCUUCUCCACAAGAUUUUUCCGUUGAAACGGUUAACACAGCACAGGUUAACGGAAACGUUGCGGUUCAAGCAGCCGUUGUAAAUCUAGCGACUGCUAUGCGAAUCAAUCAUGUCAACAAUAAUGGCGUCAACAGUGGAGCAACAAAUAUGAACAACAAUAAUAUGCUAGUGAACCACAGUAACAGGAAUCAACAGCAACAACCGCAGCAGCAGCAGAGCCUUCAACAACAACAGCAUCAACAAACAACCGAGCAGACGCCUUCAGAACGCCGAACUUCACCUUUACAUAAUUUAGUAACCGACAAUGCACCUAUUGCAACUAGUAUGAUUCGCAAUUCUAUGUUAGACAAUUCUGCUGAACUUCGAAAUAACAACCAUCCACACCAACAACGACAAGAGGAAAAUCAUGAUCAACAAAAACAGACUCACAAUAGAGCCAAUUAUAGCUCAUCCAUUCUUCCAGCUCCUUUACCCGCUGCUCUUGGCAACACAAACACGCACCAAUCACAUCAUCACUUUGCGCACCAAACCUUAAAUACGCCAAAUCAUCAUCUUCAGCACCAUCUAGAAUCUACGCACACACCCCAGACAACGACCCAGCAUUCACCGCAGACAUCUAUACACAUGCAACAACAGGCUGAAGCGAUGUUACGCUCACAUACUGAGGUUGCCUUUCGUUUAGCGGCUGGUGUUGCUGUUUCAAGUAGCAACAAUCAAAAUAGUGGACCCAUCGGUAACAACAAUAAUAAUUGUAGUACUAACUUAGGUCAGUUAUCUAAUAAUAACAACAAUGACGAUGACAUGAAUGGUAAGGUAGAAACCAGUCCGCGUAUCCUAACGAGCACCAACGCAAGUGCAGCAACGGGUUGUAGUGAUAUCAGCGCUUCGAAUCGUGAUCCCACCCUCCAAGCACCAAAAAUAGAAUCUAUUGCACCCGCCAGCGACAUUAGUGGAACCGUACGCCUGCAGGAACAUCGUAUUGAACAAGCUUUGCGUUUACGUAGUGAUGCACGGACUUUCAACUUCCUCUCAGGCAAUCGUCAGCAGACCGCUGCUAUCAAUUCUAAUACAUCAAAACCGCAGCAACAAAAUUAGUAAAUGUAAGAGGAAACAAAACAUAUAAAAGGAACACUACAAUUAGAUAAGUCAUGGGAGCGAGUCAUUCACUUCUAUUAGAAUGUUUCAUGUUUGCUACUAUAAUGGGAACAUUUUUGAAUAUUUGCUUUAAAACAUUUUAGUGCCAAAAAAAAAGAAACAAAAAUAUAUAUAAACCAUUUGGUAAAAUGAAAAUAGACCAGGCACGAUGACAUUGGCAUCGAUAAGAAAAAAGCGAGCAGAAGUUCUGGCACGAAAGUGGAGCGUAUGAGAAUUUUAUGGAGAUCGAUUUCCAAUAUUUCAGCGAAGAAGAUCGGAUACUUCCUUUUUCCCAUACUUUAUUUUCUUUUUCCGCUUUGAAUACGUGUUUUUGUCCGAUAUAUUAUUUCUUACAUUUGAUGUUCGUUUCUUUCCCCAAGAGUACGUCUGGUUACUAUGUUUGUAAUAAAAACAAAUACUUACAAGGCGGGGCAUUGUGAUUGUAGCCACGUGAGGCAGGUUAAGACAAGUGCAAAGACAUUUUGUAAACGUGCUCUAUAAAUUAGUACUACAUAAGUCAAUGUCAAUGCAAUAUAUUCUAUUACUUCGUUUUCAAACAAUGUUCUCGAUCUCAUAUUUAGCGGGAACUCCUUCCUGCAAUCUACACGCUCCGUCUUGCACGAAAUAAAAGUAUAGAAUUAUGUUUCUGUGUAAAAUAAGCGCAGCCAAACAUUUCGCACAUAGAUUCCCAUAUGUUUAAUAGAUGUUUCAUUCCGAGAAAGAUUAAUAUUAAACAAUAAAAUAACAAUAAAUAUUAAAAACGUAUAUUAACAAGAUGUCGAUUGCGUCAAUAUAUUUCAGCCAAGGUUAUGAUCGAAUUUUUCAAUACAACAUAAGAACGUGUAUAUACGUAAAUAUUGUCAUAAAUAUUAUUAUCAGUUCACACGCCAACAUACGUUUUUACUUUAUGUGUAACGCAUUUACCUCACCUAAAUAACUACAGUAUGUUUCUAAAUCAAAAUGCUCCGUCUUCAAAAUAUAUUAUUUUGUGAAAAUACAGUAAGUAAAUAUAACUAUACAACGGAUGUCGUCUCACAUGUCGCGCAUGUCGAGAAAAGGAGAUAUAUAGUAAUAAUACGUAAUCAUUCGUAAUAAUUUACAAACUUAUAAAAUUUGAAACGAUUGCAAUAUAAAUUAAGUCUGACAUGAUAGGGUCACAUAAUGAUAUCCAAAGAAAAAAAAUUAAAAUUAUAUUGGAAUAAUAAGAGAAAAUUAGUUUUGAUCUAUGUUAAAUUUUGAAAUAUGAACGACGAAUUAUUAAAAACAUUUAGCAAAUUUUAACCGAAAUAGUAAUUACAUUUAUGUAAAAAAAUUAGAAAUAAAUAAAACAAUAAAAAACAAAAAAGUAUUACAAAUAUUUGAUAGCCACAAAAAUAAAACCACACUCUGAUAAUAACAAUAAUAAACUUAACAAGCAACAGAAAUCGUAGAUAAAGUCAAAAGAGAAAAGUUUUGUUGAAAAAAUAAUACCAAAAACACAUGCAAAAAAUAUUGGUUUUUAUACUUAAGUGCGCUUCCUAAAGAUGGGAAAUUUGAAAAAUACUUUACAACCUACGAUCAAGUUUUUUUUAUAAAACAAA